AACUGUGAUUUUUAUACAUGCUACUGCAUGGUCUGCAUGAAGUUUUUGUACUGAUUUAACUAUUUCUGCGUGUGUUUGUGAGGCAAGGGGUUGAUUUUCUACCAAAACAAUUAAAUGAGUACAGUCUCUAACCUGGGCACAGCUAUACCAUUAUAACUUAUUCCCGUUUCCUUACAGCAGUAAGCUGUACCUGCAUAAGCACCUUUAUACCAGUAUAACUGUAUGCAUAUUAGAUGGGUCUGUAUCGCUCUAACUAUGUUGGCUGGAUAACAGCCAGGUCCUAACUGAGGCCUGGUCUACACUACGAGUUUAGGUUGACUUUAGCAGGGUUAAAUCGAAUUAAGCCUGGACACAUCCACACGACGAAGCCCUUUCUUUCGACUUAAAGGGCCCUUUAACCCAGUUUCUUUCCUCCACCUCUGACGAGGGGAUUAGCGGUAAAAUCGGCCUUUGCGGGUCGGAUUUGGGGUAGUGUGGACGGAAUUCGACGUUAUUGGCCUCCGGGAGCUAUCCCACAGUGCUUCAUUGUGACCGCUCUGGACAGCACUCUCAACUCAGAUGCACUGACCAGAUCGACAGGAAAAGCCCCGUGAACGUUUGAAUUUCAUUUCCUGUUUGCCCAGCGUGGAGAGCACAGGUGACCACGCAGAGCUCAUCAGCACAGUUAACCAUGAUGGAGUCCCAGGAUCGCAAAAGAGCUCCAGCAUGGACAGAACGGGAGGUACGGGAUCUGCUCGCCAUAUGGGGAGAUGAGUCAGUGCUAGCUGAACUCCAUAGCAGUAAACGAAAUGGCAAAAUAUUAGAAAAGGUCUCAAAAGCCAUGAAGGACCGAGGCCAUAACAGGGACACACAGCAGUGCCACAUGAAAAUUAAGGAGCUAAGGCAAGCCUACCACAAAGUCAGAGAGGCAAACGGAAGGUCUGGGGCCGACCCGCAAACAUGCUGCUUCUACGCGGAGCUCCAUGCCAUUCUAGAGGGUGAAGCCACCACUACCCCAACCGUGUGCUUUGACUCCGUCAAUGGAGAAACACGCAACAGGGAAGCGGGUUUGGGGGACGAGGAAGAUGAUGAUGAAGACAGCUCACAGCAAGGAAGCGGAGAAACCGGUUUCCCCAACAGCCAGGAUAUGUUUAUCACCCUGGACCUGGAACCAGUAACCCCCGAACUCACCCAAGGCGUGCCCCCAGACCCUGAGGGCACACAAGGGACCUCUGCUGCAAAUGUUUCUCCUUCGCAGAGGCUAGCAAAGAUUAGAAGGAGAAAACGGCGGACUCGGGAUGAUAUGUUCACGGAGCUCCCGAUGUCCUCCCACGCUGAAAGAGCACAGCAGAAUGCGUGGAGGCAGUCAAUGUCAGACUACAGAAAAGCACAAUAUGAACGAGAGGAGAGGUGGCAUGCUGAAUCGCGGGAUGAACAGAGCAAGUGGCGGGCUGAAGAUGAUAGGUGGUGUCAGCUUGCAGACAGAAGGCAAGAGUCGAUGCUCUGGCUGCUGGAGCAUCAAACUGAUAUGCUCCAGCGUAUGGUUGAGCUGCAGGAAAGGCAGCAGGAGCAGAGACCGCCGCUACAGCCCCUGUGUAACCAACAGCCCUCCUCCCCAAGUCCCAUUGCCUCCUCACCCAGACGUCCAAGAACACGGUGGGGGGGCCUCUGGCCACCCAGUCACUCCACCCCAGAUGAUUGCCCGAGCAUCGGAAAGCUAGCCUUCAAUAAGUGUUAAACUUUUAAAGUUUUAAACUGCAGUGUGUCCUUUUCCUUCCCUCCUCCCCCACCCCUCUCGGGCUACCUUGGCA